AUGAUAGGCAACACCAUUAUCCAGGGCCUUGCGAACAGCCUCGACACGCUGGCAGGCCAGGCUUUUGGGUCCGGCAACAAGCACUUGGUUGGCAUCCACACGCAGCGUAUGGUGUACUUCAUACUGCUCUGCACUGCCCCGCUCAUGGCGCUGUGGUGGAAGGCCGGCGAUGUGCUCGCACCCAUCCUCCCGGAUCGUGAGCUGGCAGAGUUGACAGGGCUUUACCUGAGGAUCAUGAUCCUUCGCGUCCCGGCCUUUGUUCUCUUCGAAUGCGGGAAGCGCUACGCCCAAGCCCAGGGCAUCUUCAACGCCGCGACCUACGUCCUCUUGCUUGUCGCCCCGUUCAAUGCCUGCCUCAUGUGGGCCUUGGUCUGGCAUCUCGGCUGGGGCUUCAUCGGAGGACCGAUUGCCAUCGUUUUUACGGAGAACCUGAUGGCUCUGUUGCUUUUCCUCUAUCUGUGGCUGAUAGACGGGUAUCAGUGCUGGGGCGGCUUCUCAAAAAAGGCUCUUUCGAACUGGAAGCCAAUGAUGCGGUUGGCAAUCCCAGGCAUGGUCAUGCACGUGGCUGAAUUCGCCGCCGACGAAAUCCUCACCAUCGCGUGCGCCCAGUUUGGCGCGGCGCAGCUAGCCGCUCAAAGUGCUUUGGUGACCCUGACGCAAAUAACCUGGACCGUGCCCCUCGCAAUAUCGAUCGCCGCUUCCAUCCGCGUUGCCAAUUUGAUCGGUGCCAAGGCAACCGAUGCGGCAACGAUGGCGGCAGUGGUGGUGGUUGUGCUUGGGCUGAUUGUCACGACGUUGUGCACCGUCCUCACGGCUGCGCUGCGAUACCACAUCCCGUAUUGGUUCACCGAUGACAUGGAAGUCGUCAGCAUCAUCACUAAAGCUCUUCCCAUCGUCAUGGUCAUGCAGUUCUUCGACGCCACGUCGGCCAUCUCACACGGCCUGAUGCGAGGGAUCGGGUACCAGGAAUUCGGCGGCUACCUCAACCUGGUUGCAUACAACCUGAUCGCGAUUCCAAUCUCCUUCAGCACGGCUUUCCUUCUCCACUGGCAAAUAUACGGGCUCUGGACCGGCAUCGCGGUUGGUUUGGGCAUUGUAAGCGUGGUCGAAUUCUGGUGGCUCUAUCGCUGGGAUUGGGAGGAGGCGGUUGCAGAUGCUGAAGGCAGGAAUGAGGGCAUUGAAUCCGCAGGCUGUACAUCAGCAGACAUGUGA